GGUUCUUAUCUGCCAUCACAGAUAACUUUUUUUAAACAGGCCUAUGCAUUUUUUAAAAUUAAAAUCAGUUUUGAAACGAAACCCUUUUCUCUUAGGUGGUAGAAGUACCCUACAAAGUCCUAAAUAGAACAAGCUGACACAUGACACAGGAAAAUAAUCCAUUUUCAACGUUACGUCAAGUUGUCUGUGCUUAUCUGUCUACACAGGGCGCGUAAUAAACUUGAGAUUUCAAAGUACGGAGUUUGUUUCUAAAACACAUGCUCACUCCGCACUUCCGUGGCUCUGCCCUCGGUAACACACGCCUAGGUGGGAAAGAAGCAUAUGACGGGUGGCGUCGGGUCUUACGGUAGUCGGUAUGACGGUUCUGCCUCACUGCGCGUUAUUUUUUCCGGUGGAAUGUAUGGUCGUGCCGCCUGUGAGGGUACUUAAGGGUACAGCUGAUGCCCGAAGGGAAUAAAGGGAGGUAACCAAACUAGACGAGCCAGAUACAUUCAGCCUAUAAUGUCAACACAUGAUCUGAAGUUGCAGCAGUCAACUUGUCAAAGUGGAGUAAAAGCCAGCGUGAAAUGCUAUGUCUUAGAACAGGAAAUAUUGUACACGCAACCUGACAAAUCACGUUUUCAGAAUGUAAGUGAACAUGAGAAACUACAUCCUGGACCACUGGCUCAAAACAUCUACAACAAGAAGGAUUUAGACACUAUAACUACUGCAUCUUCACCGUCGUUGCAGUUAACAGGCCAGCUGAGAAGCAGCAGAGCUAUGAAGCAUAUAUAUAUAUAUAUGAUCAGAAUUCCAGAUCAAGCAAAUAAUACUCCUCAGACCUAAGGAAGACCUCGGUAGGACAUCUGGGGAACAGAUAAAAUCUGGCAAAUUCACUUCCAGCAUCUCUAUCAGUCUUCCCAAUAGAAGAAACAAAAAAGACACAGCGGAGGAAAAAAACACUGCAAGCUACAACUAACCUUCACAGCACACAUGAGGCCAUAAAGAACACAGCUAAUCAACACCACACAGAGCUGAGGGACGUGUUUUCACCAACUGAGCAAUGUGGCGAAUCAACUGGUGAAUUAUUUAAGUAUGGGGAUGGGCCACAAGCAAGCUUUAAUGAAGAGAGUUUUGCCACUCUGCAUCAACAUGGAUGUAACACACAUAAGCAGGAACAAAAUACAGGAAUACAACACAACAUAGACCUUCAAAUUGUCCACGACGACUCAGAAAGACAUUCUACUCAACCCUUUUGUGAGGUUCAAGCUGAAUUCAACAAGGAAUCCGGAGUCAGUGACUGUAGAGAGAAUGCUGCAACAACUCAGUACCACAGUAAUCUGACCUCCCGUGACGUGGACAAUGAUCUAAAAGCAAGCACUGAUUCCCACCAUUCAAAAGUAGCAAACCAGGUCUUGUCAUUAGACUCUUUUCCUUUGGAAAAUACCCCAGAACCUGGUCCUAUCAGUCCUACAUCAGCUAUGUUGUCAUCGGCGCUGGCCUCAGUUCUUGCUCCACCUUGGACUGGCCGUCUUCGAAGACCCAAGCAAGGCGGUAGCGAAGUACAGCAUGAACCCCAAGAUUCUGGACAGAAUUUCAACCCAUCUACCUUAUUUCGCCAGGAUCGGCAACAGCCGUUUCUUCCUUCCCAGAGGCGACCAUUUGAACACAUGUUGGCCAAUGAUAAUGACAUGCACUUGGCUGGAGGAACCUCUCCUGACUGGCAAAAAGAGAACAGUUCCCCAAACAUCACCCCCACGAUAUAUCAAAAGAGACCCAUUAUUAAAUCUUCCUCUGUGGGCAUGUACAAUACUACAGAUUUGCCUCCCACAUCUCUGGACGCUCGUCGGUUACCAAAUUCGUCCCAUUCGGGAUACAGAAUAUCAAAAACUGGAGAUGAACAUGAGCCUUACAAAUCAUUGAGCUCUAAGCCAACAACAAGCAGUCUACUUCUUUCCCUGAGGAGAUCAAAUUUGAGAAGCUCCAGUGAUGAGCCAACACAAUCACAAACUCAGAUGAAUAGGUCUGUCAGGUCACUUACAUUGCCUAGCAGAGUUGCUUUAAAACAUCCAUCAUUUGCCAAUUCUGUUACCCCUAAUGACCAGACCUCAGACGGUCCUGCAAGAACAGAGGAAAUACCAGUCAGUCAGUACCCUUUCUCGCCAAGAAUUAAGAAUAGAGUGCCAUUAAGGGCAUCACUGUUUCUAAACAACCCAGAGACAGAAAUUUCAAAGAGACCAGAAGCAGAGGAGGAACGUUUCCCACACUCCACGACCAAAACCAGCCAAGUCGGGGUUCCGAGAGCUCAAGAGAGUGCUUAUUUAGUGCUUCUGAGGAAAUACUCCAGUACAGAGAACUUAAAUCCAGUGGACCAAUAUACUGGAAACAACACCAGCCUGACUAAACAACAAGUAACUCCAGUUGCCACAAUUUCUUCCAAAGAUUCAUCAAAUUUCAUUGUUCAACAAUCUGGCUUUACUGUUCAAAAAUUAAAAUCACAAAGUGUACAGAAUAUAAUAACUAGCAGUUCUUCUGGGACAAGCACCUUCACAGACAGGAUUAACUACUCACCCAGGAAAGACUCUUCUGUAGAUGGAAGUCCCAGAAAUAGGAGGCAAAUGUAUCUGGAUUCUAAGAAGUAUUCUCAGUCAAGUCAAAGCUCAAUGGGUCUUUCAAACCCGCUUUCUCCAAGCAGACCUCUUAGAAGUGUAAGAGUACCAAGCAUUUAUUCAUACCUACGGGAUUCCACCCCUUCUUUCCACUCACAGAGAGGUGAAACAUCACCUCCUAAGCAAGAUGUAACACCCCAAAGUUACCAAAAAACACUUCCCUCAAGAUUUUCAUUUGACUUCAACCCAGUUGUGCCACAGGCACAACCAUUACAAAGAAGCUUCAGCGCUCAUGUAGCACCAGCUCAUUCUCUGCCACCUGAUUUUGGACGAAGAUCAGCACCUCGCCUCAGCACUUCUCCAUAUACUAGCCUCAUCUCCUCACGGCCUAUGCUCAACAACACUUUACAAGAACAAUCCUCUCCACCUGUGUCCAAAACAAAUAUCCAAUCUACAUCUUAUGAUAUUGUAACCACUCCUGCAGACUUCGUAAAAGGUGAUCCAAGCCCUUCACCGUCCACAUACUCAAACAUAAUAGGAAGAUCAAAGGAACAGUUAGCUUCUCCGAACAGAGAACAGAGGACAAGAGUUCAGGCUUAUACAAGCGCCCUAGAUAAUCACAAACCUGCCCAGCCAUGCCUCUUACAAACUGCACCAGAUGCAAGUUUUGUCAUGGAAAGCCGAAGUGCAAAUAUAAGCCCACACCCAAGGCAGCCCGACACAGGCUCUAACAACUUCUCUCAUCAGGAGCACGAUGGCUUGAUGGAACGUCAGCUUGAUAAGGAUAUUGCUUACCCGAAGCACAGGCUGAGUGAGAAAGACAAGUAUUUACUACCUGAUAAGCUCACAGUCGAAAGUGAGACUCCACUGACAGCUGAGAAAGAGACUCCUGCUGUGCACAUGCAUGAGAGAUUGCAGGAAACGCAAAGCUCCAAUUCAAAAAAAGGCCUCUUUAGUUCACUAGUUAAGAGAGACAAAGAGGCUGUCUUUUCUUCAGCUUCUUUGCCAGACAAAGAGGUUGUUAGUUCCCAGUAUUUUAAAACCAAAAGACAUAUGCCAGUGUUAAAAACGAACAGCAGGAUUGACCAGGUGUUAAAUCGCUUGAAACUGACAUUUGGCGUCAAACGUUCGGACAGCUCACUUGACACACAACCAAAAAAGAGCAAAAGUCCCACUCAGCAACUCUCAGACACUGAGACUAUUGAAAGACCCAAGACAGAGGAGAAAACAUAUUCUGAGAGCCACCCAGAACCCUUAAACUCUUCUUUAGCAACUGAUAAAACCCUUUUUAGUUCCUUGUCACUACUAACACCAAAGAAAUCUGAGAUUACAUUAAAUAUGGAUGGACAAAAUAAGUCUAAGGCUGAAGCAAAUUAUUCUGGGUGCACACGGGAGGCGCCCAACUCAUCCUUGACCAUUGAUAAAGCAUCUUUUGCCUCUUGUGGGUCCUCAUCACCACUUACAUCAAAGAGAUCUGAGAAAUCUUUAAAUAUGGAUUGGCAAAAUAGAUCGACAACUGAACAAAAGGGUUCUGGAAGCACAUGGGAGGCCCCCAAUUCAUCUUUGGCUACCGAUAAACCCUCUUUUGGGUCUUCGUCGCCACUUACAUUAAAGAGAUCUGGGAAUAUUUUAAAUAUGGACUGGCAAAGCAGAUCUACAACUGAACAAAAGGGUUCUGGGAGCACAUGGGAGGCCCCCAAUUCAUCUUUGACCACCGACAAAGAAUUUUUUGCCUCUUAUGGGUCCUCGUCGCCACUUACAUUAAAGAGAUUAGAGAAAUCUUUAAAUAUGGAUUGGCAAAACAGAUCGACAACUGAACAAAAGGGUUCUGGGAGCACAUGGGAAGCCCCCACCUCAUCUUUGGCCUCCGAUAAACCCUCUUUUGGGUCUUCAUCGCCACUUACAUUAAAGAGAUCUGGGAAUAUUUUAAAUAUGGACUGGCAAAGCAGAUCUACAACUGAACAAAAGGGGUCUGGGUCCACAUGGGAGGCCCCCAAAUCAUCUUUGACCACCGAUAAAGCAUCUUUUGAGUCCUUGUCACCACUUCCAUUAAAGAGAUCUGAAAAUAAUUUAAAUAUGGACUGGCACAACAGAUCAACAAAUAUACAAAUGGAUUCUGGGUGCACAUGGGAGCCCCCCAACCCAUCUUUGACCACAGAUAAAGCAUCUUUUGCCUCUUUUGAGUCCUUGUCACCACUUCCAUUAAAGAGAUCUGAGAAUACUUUAAAUAUGGACUGGCACAACAGAUCUACAACUGAACAAAUGGGUUCUGGGUGCACAUGGGAGCCCCCCAACUCAUCUUUGACCACUGAUAAAGCCUCUUUUGCUUCUUUUGGGUCCUUGUCACCCUUAGCAUUAAAGAAAUCAUCUGAGAAUAAAUUAAAUGUUGAUCAGCAAAAGAGGCAUAGCGAUGAAAAUGGAAACCGGUCUCAUGGUAGGAGCCUUAGCCCACACAUGCGAAAGGCCCAAAGUAUGAGUCGUUCUGCCACCUUGCCACAUUACAGAAAAUCUGGCCCCCCAUCACCCUUUUAUUUGUUUGAUUUUGAUUCAGAAGACAUUCAGAAUGACAAUGUGUUUUACAGUCCAAUGAGCAAAAAAACAAACUCACUGUGUGAGUCUGAUGACUUCUCUCCUCUGAGCGCCACCAAGAUUCCCAUGCAGCAAAACCUUGUAAGGUCUGGCUUGUCCUUGUCAUGUGCUGAUUUAAAGUAUGGUCUACACAAUGGACGAUCUUUCUCAGUAAGCAGUGUGGUUUCAAGUCGCCCAUCAGGUCCUGGACGAAUCUCAACAAGCAGCAUCAGCGACCUCUCAAGUUUAGAUGACUUUGUGCCGAAAGGAAGUUAUACUGCAGUCGACUCUCCAAUGAGUAGUAGCCUUUCCCCAAUCUAUAAUGACACUGGUGAACAGUCUCAGCCUGAAUAUACUGAUGAUCAUCUUGAUCUUGAUGAUGCAGACCCAACCCCACCUCCAUCACCAACUAUGUCAUCUUCACCUCGUCGGAUAUCCCAGGCUCCUUCUGUGUCUUCCCCCAUGUGGGCAACUCCAGAAAGUCUGUCUCCUCGUGGAAUCUUGCCAUCAAGGACAAGCUUGACUGUUUUUGAGGAGUCUGAUUCUGACACCACAACCGAUGAUGAAUACUAUCUAGAUAAUGGUGGCGAAGAUGCGGUAGAAACAGAACUUUAGAGGAGAGAAUUAUGUGUUGGUUCAUUUCUGUCAUGGUUACAUAUACUAAACAUUUUGAGUUUUUUUCUAUGCAUAGGGUCUUCUAUGACAAAGCUGCUGCAACAUUUACAAACUAAAUUGUAAAAACAACUAGAAGUUUAGCUUGUAUAUGAAUAGAAAGAAUUAAAAUUACAUUAUAAGACCACAUUAAUUUCAUAUUUUCGGUUAUAAAUUAAACAUAAUGGACUUUUUGAAUACUUUAGUGCUUGCGGAUAACAAUGUUUGAUUUCAUUUUUGAAUGUAUUUACAAUAUAGUACAGUGCACUGUUUCAUUAGGUUUUUUAUAUAUAGAUUUAUUUUCUGGAUCUGAGGCUUUGAAAUGGUGAAUUCUCACAUCAUUACUUUUAUUGAGGCCUACCUCCUGUAGGUUAUUAGCUGUUUCGUUCAGUGUAGCAUUUGAAAGCACAGCGUGUCGGCCACAAUAGAUUAUUUUCCAGACAGACAUUCUAUAGUCAGUAGCUGUCAACUAAGAAACUGAACCCCAGCUAUAUUUGUUUGAAUAUUUUUUUCCAACUCAUACUGAUCCUAAAGAAUAGAAAAAUGGAAUAUUGGUGCCCUUACUAACACUGAUGAUUUCACAUUAAUUAUGCCUAAGUCUGUAAAGAUGAUGAUAUUACAGACGUUUGCUAUCCGUUGAUAUUGUUAAUAGUAUGAAAGUGUUAUUAAAAACAGUGGCUGAUUCUAGCAUCCACUACUUGUUAAUUUUGAGGUUCAACCAAAGGGCCUCUCACAAUCUAUACAAAAGAGAUACCACUAGAUGAACUAAACAUUUUUAAAUAAGACCUCACAGUUUAUUUUAUUUGCUGUAUAAUUUAAUUGUGUGCAUAAUGCUUGUAUGUGGCUUUCAGAGUAAUUUUAAUUGAUCUUUUAUUGUAAUUUAUUAUGCAGGGUAGGGGUUGGGGCAUCAUUUCUCUUCUAGAGCCUUAGGGACCUCAAUAAGAUGUGUCAACUGCAGCACUGACCACAACACAGUACUACCAAAUGCUGUAUAACAGUAGGUUAUAGGUAAGGUCCUUUUUGUAAGGCCAUUGAAUGUCUUCAUUAAAAGAGUUAUAUUUAUGAACAUUUAAUAUAUU